AUGUUCGCUGGGCUCCCAGCGAUUGCCAUCAUUGCAUUCCUGGACGCAACGCAGCACCUCAAGAGCAUGCAUGUCGUGAAGCAGGCCAAGUUUGCAUGGGCGAAGGUAUUGGCUCAGUAUGACCAUGAUGAAGCGCAGCGCAUGGUGAGCAAAUCUCAUGAUAUUUCUCGGACUGUACUUCGGCUUGCACGGAUUCGGCUGGAUAUUGUGCACAUGGCAUUGUUCAGAUUGUAUCUUGCCAAAGAGCUGGAAAGCUCCAGCAUAUACUUGCUCACGGAUGGCAGCCCGCAGUGGCGAGGCGUGGAGAUGAUGGCUAGCACUAUGGACCUCAUCACGUGUGACAGCCAGAGGUGGACAUGCCUGAGGAUGCUACUCCCUGUAGCCCGCAUCGGGAACCGCCAGCUCGACCUGAUCGGCAAGACGUACGCGAUUCUUUGGAAGAUCACGCUGGUCGUCGGGCCAAGCUACACUUCGCUUCGGAGUUUUCUGGCCAAGGUUGUGUCUAUCACGUCGGACUUCGGGACAGAAAGGCUAUUGUGCACAACGCCAGAUGUUCUGAUAGAUUUCUGCGGUCUUGUCGGUAUACGUGUUCCGCCACGGGUUCGACGUCAUAGGCAAUUGUUCCCUGUCGCACUCGUGGCUCCUGGGUGGAUGCACAUCAUUGAUACAGUUAUCAAGCGUUCGCUAUGCAGUUUACCUUGGUUCCCGACGUGGUUAGGUGGCUUGAAGGCGUGUUUGCAGUUCUUGCGGUACUAUUCGGAUGAUGUGGUGAAGGCUAUUCGGCAAACGCAUCCCUCGGUAGCUCAGCUGGUUGCCAAGAUAUCGAUACCAUACUUUGCAGAGUGGCGAUGGGGCACGUUGCACAAGGCAUGCAAGGCGAUGUCAAUGCUGCUCGACAUAUGCCGUCGGCUGUGGUCUUCAUUUGAUUUCGUUGCGAAGACCAGGGAUACGGCAUUGCUGAAGAAGGUGGGAGCAUCCCUUCUCAGCCAUCGUUGGGCAGUACAUUUCAAGUUCGUAGAGUGGCACGCCGACUGGCUUUCAUCUUUGCAGUCGUGGGGAGGCUCAUGCGCGUGCCACCAGCAGGAGUACAGGAAUGGACGGACAGUUUCUUGCAUGAUGAAGGGCCGUUUGAUAACAUAUGCAUGGGACCACGCGAGUACAGUAUUCAAUGACGCCGUCACGGAGAUCUGCAGCUGGUCAUUGCAUGAUUUCGGCGAGGAUGCCUCUUUGCAGUCGUCCUGCAUCGGUGCUGUGCAGUACUGCAGAUCAUUGGGCAUGAGGAAGCUGCAGUUCUUGGAUCACAUCCCGUACCUGCUUUCGAGGUUGGGCGAGCCUGGGAUAGUUGGCAGAGUCUUAGCGCAAUACCGAGAAGUCCCCAAAGAUCAGCACCACACAGUGACCUUGAGGUUUUUGGGCGACGACUCGCCCUUCAAGAGCUCGAUUGUGCAACUGCCUGAGGCCGGCGGGGAACUACCUGACGGGCUCCGUCAAGCGGCGCAGCAGCUCGUCGACAUCCCGUUCGACGACCACAUCGCCGAGGGGCCACAUGCAAAGGCGAAGCGUGUCUUGGGGAAUUCACGAUGCACCAAGUUCCCGUUCGUGGCGUCAUCACUUCGGCUGGCUCGCAACCUCAGCACGGUGCAGGAGUUGGUCACCGCAACAGGGGCAAGCAUCCAGCAUGUAUGGAAUGCGUGGUCUUCGGUGGUGAACGUGAAGAGGCCGACGAAGCCGAUCAAUAUGAAACGAGAACAAGUGCAUAAGCGAGUCUACGGGCUCAACUCCCACAGGCUUCUGGGUCAUCAUCGACCUGGCGACGAUCCGCAUGACGCCGACGAUGCAUUCGACGAGCCUGAUGACCCUCGCGGCGGAGACCCUGGAGAUGCGGCUAUUGCGGCGCACAGUGGGGCCCAUGCAGAGGGCAAUCAGUUCCGAGGGUUGACAGAGACGCAGAAGCUAAUGGCGGAGUUCCUCGGAGGCGUGCUGCAGCAGUACGAUUAUUUCUCAGUCCCCAGUGGGCCAGGCGAGGAUGUACCUCUCCACGUGUAUCAGGUCAUUGCGAAGCAGACGAAAGACAUCCUCGUGGAGACAACUGGCACGGCCCCUACAGAUACCACGACUUGGUUGCUCCAUCCAAUGGGCAUCUUCGUCGACCCGACUUCCAAGACCGACGACGACGGGCGCGUAGACGUGUUCGCGGUGGCAACGGUCUCAGUGUACUCCACCAUCUUUGCGGUUUUCGGCGACGACGUGAACAAUCGCAGCCAGAUCUGCAGGUGGCAGGCGCGCGCCCCGCGGGUCGACGGCUGCAUCGGCUUAUGCGACAAGAAGAUACCCGUGCUGUGCUUGAUGGACGCCCUCGUGGCCGAGGGAUUCAGGUCCAGCGAUGCUCUGUGCUUCCAUGCCAAGGGCUCGGUCGCGAAGUUCGACGGCCGCAGGUUGAGCUCCAAGAGGUUUUACUUCCAGUGCCUCCUGGCCCGCCGAUCCAUCUUUCUGCGCGGUCAGAAGCGCUUCAGGAGCGACCAGCCGCAGGUGCACUACAAGUGGCUGCUGCGGGCUGGGGGGCCCAUCCCAGAGCAGGCCACUGCGCGAGAGUGCAACGAGAAGCUGGUGGAGUUCGAGGCAGCUGGCGAUGACUACAUUGUCGACGCAACGCUGAUGGCGGUGCCGUCAGAGCCUGUCCCAGGAGGCGCGCCCGCGGCCAUCGUCAACAUCGACGGCGACGAUGGCGAUGAGGAGCCGCCUGCAGAUCCGCCACCGCCGAUCGCUGCUGCAGCUCCUCCUGAGGUUCACGGAGAUGGGGAAGACGGAGGCUACGUGGUGCCCGACUUCAUCCUCGGGCAGCCCAUCUCGCUGGAGGUCCACUGGCGCGGUGGCCGCGGCAUUCGGGUGCAGUGCCCGACCCACCACGGCUGCAACAAGUACAGGUCGUUGGCCAUCGACGCGGCGGUGUUCGGGCCAGCGGCGGCCAAGCACUACCUGUCGACGUGGCUGGCUGCCGCGCCGACGAUGGGGGCCGCCGAGCACCGCGC